AUGCCAAGAGUUUCCUCUUCAAAAUCAAACUCAAAACGGAGAUCUUCACGCCUUGCUACCCAAUCUCAAUCCCAAUCUCAAUCUGAAUUUGACAAUUCGCCAUCAUGGCUUGACCCCCAAUCUCAAUCUCAAUCUCAAUCUCAAUCACAACAGAUCCAGAUCGACAACUCUUUCCUAUCUAUAUCAACAGCUUCCCUACCUCCAAAAUACUCUAUCAAGCUAGCUUUGCCAGUGGAUACCAAGCUAUUCAGUAACGAGGAGAAGGAAUACCGAGUGAAAGGUGAAGAGUUCUUGCAUGAUGGAUGGAGGAGGUUAGAUCAGCCAGAAGGAAAGUUGAUGAGCCUUAGGAGGAAGGCUAAAAGGAUCGUUAGUUUACCAGGACAUCAAGCUUCCCUUUUAGGCAACAAUCAACAAAAGCAGAAGGAAGAUGCGGAGGAUCAGAUAUUUUGGUAUAAUGCAGGAAUGAAAUUCCCUUGCGUAUGUUCAUUGACCAAGUAUAAUCAUUCGUACACCUAUACAACAAAACCACCUCAAUCAACCGAACUUCAGGCUCUAAAUAUAACCGACUGCGAAGGUCCCGUCAUCGCUGAAGAUCCUAAGGACUUACCUGGAUGGUAUGUAGGAACGGAUCCGAUCGAUUUGGAACCUUCAUUAGACCAUAUAAAGGAAUUCAAAAUCACAUGGAACACCGCACAUCCUCCUUUUUCGGCUGAAUAUGCAAGUCAGAUGAGUAAUCCCGAAACGGUCUACGAAGGUUCUCCUACCAAUGUUGAUCUAGAAAAGGAGAAUAAUCGAUUAAGAAAGGGCAAAUUCAAAGCUAUCGAGGUAGAACCUUUAUUGCCUCUGUUCCUAAAUGGCGAAGGUGACAAGAUGAAUCAAACGAGGCAUGAUGUUCUACUUCCCCCAAUUGUAACUGCCAAUCGAGAUAUCGAUGAAGAAAAAAUCUGGGAGGAGGAGCUCAAAAGACGUAAAGCCUAUUGGAGAAAGAUGAUAAGGGAUGACGAUGCCUUUGGGAGGAUGUGGGGUAUUAUACCAUAUCCAUGCACUUACCCUUCACGGUACCUUCCCCCUCCGAUAACACGCAAGAAAAUCAAGAUACCACCGUACAACCUUCCUCGUACCUAUCAUUCCCUAUCACAUCCAUUUCAUCCGAACCUCCCGGAAUACAUACAAUCAGAGGGUAGUAGGAGGGUAUACUGGUUGAUACCAAUCCACGGACCAAUCUAUAUACCCAACUUGAAUCACCCUCUGACGGAAAACAUAUACCCGGGUCAAGUGGUCCCUACCAAAGGUGAACUGGUUGAUCAGAUACCGGAUGCAGCAAAAGAUAAAGACAAAAGUAAAAAGAUAUUUUGGACAUCUUCUUCACUUCUUUCUCUUAUUCAACAAUUCCUUCAUCCGUUAUAUAUGGAUGAUCAACGGCCAUUUGGGGUAUUGGGGUAUACGUUCUCGGGAGCAAAACCGGAUCCAUUUCUGGAAAUACCUUAUCACUCAUCGACCAAUACAGAUGACUUUGAAACGAGGAAAAAACAUAAUGACAAUAAUGUUGGUUUUAUAGAUAAACAUAAGAUGGUGAAACCCGAAUGUGGUGAUCAUCUAAGAAUCUAUUGUAAUCUGAGAUACAGUUUGGAAUUGAGAACAUGGUUACAUAAUGUUAAGAUCCCUAUACCGAAUUCCAACAAUAAUAAUGAUGAAAAGGAAAAAGGAGAAGAAGAAGAGAAAGAGAGUAAGAGUGUGAGGAUAUUUUAUAAAACCAGAUUAACGUUAGUAGGAGAUAAAGGUGAAGUGCUGAUGGUUGCGUAA